AUGCACCUAUCUUCCCUCGUGGCCGGGGCCAAGGUCACUAACAACUACGGUCCCGUGUGGCUGGAGGAAGCUCUGCGGUACCUAUCCGGCAUAGGCGGGAUCCCAGACGUCGGCAUCACAACACUGCCCGGCUGGUCCGCAGAAGACGCCGCCCUGCACUGCGUCGCCCACCUCGUCGACACACACAAACAAACCCCCCCGGACGAGCGCACCUGGUUCCCCCCAGCCUACUCCCCCACCGCCGCGUCCCUCGCCGCCAAAGCGCACUCCAUCGCCGCGUACGCGUUCUACCGCAAAUACACGUCCUGCACGGAGCUCCGCCUGGGGCGCGGCCGCACGCGGCUCACCGCGCUCGCCGCGGACGACCCGCUCCGGUUCCUCGUCAAGGCCGCGCGCCAUGCGGGGCACGCGGCGGCCGUGGGGCUGCGCACGCCCGCGGUGCUCCUCGCGGGGUGCGCGCUGCGCACGUGCUUGCUGGACAUGAGUGUCAAGAAGAGCGAGUUCGAUUUGUACUUUUUGGAGCUCAGGCCGUUGUGGCGCGCGCUGGAGCGGUGCGAGAAGCGGUGGCCCGCGCCCAGGCCCGUGCUUGAUGAGGGCGCGGUGCCGACGUAUGCUGUGUGCGCCGCUGAGGAGUGCAGGGCCGCCGUUAGAGGACCGGCGGAGCAUUAUACCGUUUGCCCACAUUGCGCUGGCAAGGUGAAAUCGGCCCCGUUCUACUGCAGCCAGGAGUGCCGCGAUCAGGACUGGGCGACGCACCAGGGAGCAUGCCUGAGGCCGGGAUUUCUUCGCGGGCCGGUAUUCGCCACUAAAGAGCGUCGCAGACAACAGUGCAGCGCCUUAGCGUUCACGAGCAGGGGGGAGACUUUGGUGUCAGACUCUCCUGUGUCCGUUGGGCACCCCGUGGAAGACGGUGACGGUGGUUAA